AUGUCUAACAUACUUGAAAUCUUUGUCCUCCUUAGAAGAAUAGAGCUAGUACUUCAUUUAUAUUAAAUCCCUAGAUAUCUCCAAUAAUUAUAAAUAGCCUUUUUGGCCUCUCCAUUCAAAUAACUGUUCACCACUUAAAAUUUGCAAUCAGUUGAACAUAUUUUAGCAUCCUUUGAAAAUCGAUCCUCAAAUAAACACAUCAAAAAAUACUAUUUCAUCUGCAGAGAUUCUUUUGAACCCUCCUUAAAUCAAUUUCAUUAAGACCACAUUAUAUUUUAAGACUUUAAUAUUUUGCCAGCGUAAAUCAUUUAAGUUCUCAAAGGAGUACUAUUAUAAAGAUUACCCCACGUAAAAAUUAAUAAAAUAGAAUAUGUGAAUAAAUUGAUUGCCUAGAUCAUAAACAAUGGAUAUUGUGAUCAUCUAUUCAAAUUGCUCCUGGUUGAUGAUGACAAAGAUCAAGUUCUUUAAGACGAAAAAGAUUAAAAUCAAAUUCUAGGAUUACAAGCACUUACGUUAAUUGCAGCCACCAUUCACAUCUACGAAAUCCAAAUACUCAUCCCUAUAUAGAGUGUCCUACUAGUAGAUACAAUAUUAAAUAUCAUUUCUGAGACUCAAAAUGAUCUCGUCAUUGAAUAAGGUUACAUCCUACUAGGACAUCUAAUUCUAUAUGAUAAAACCUACCAACAAAUAUUGUUUACUAAACGACAAGCCCUUCUUGAUGUUUAGCUUAUUGAUGAUGAAAAACUAUUUUACCACAGCUGGUUCAUUGGAUGUCUCUUCUCCAGAUAUGAUAAUCAUCAGGCCAGUAAGUUUAUGACUUUGAUGAAUACCCUACCAGAUAACUUACUUUGGCUCCAGAGUAUCCUCAAUUACUAUCAACAUUAUGGAUUAAUUUAAUCAAUCGAAAACAACUAAAUCAGAAUUCAAAUCCAGAUUAAUAUGCUCAUUAACAUCUAACCAUUAUUGGCCACCUAAAUACACUAAGAUGUUCUUCUAGCACUAUUGUCAUAAUUAUAAAAUUAAGCCACAGACAACAGAUUCAAAAUGUAGAUCUUAAGUACUCUAAAAAAGGUAUUUAAAUUGCCUUACCAAUUGAAUUAUCAAAACUUUACUGCCUAAAACAUCCUCUUAUCAAACAAUCUAUUGAAUAUUUUAAUGUAACUUAUAACAGAUCCUAAUUCAUAAUUGAGUUAUAAAGCUAAGAAACUAUUUUUUAAGACUUUGUGCCUUGAGAAUUCUGGAAUACUUCUAAAAUACUUAUAAGAAUCUAAUAAUUUGUAAUCAUUCCUAUAUGUUCUUGAAAGUCAGUUUGUAUAAAAUGUAGAUGCUAACUUUUAGAAAUAUUUCAAAUAUAAGAUUCUCACUAUCUUAAGAUUAAUGAGUCAAGAUAGCAACACAUUCUAAAUCAUAUCCACUGAUCAAUGGUUCUUUAAAAUACUCAUCAAAGCACUUAACGAUAAUAAUCAAACCUUUACUGCAAAUAAUUAGGUAAUGAUUAAUUGUCAAUAUGAUUAUCUUGUUAUUAAUGAAAUUACAGAAUAUUGUAUUACUUUUAAUCUUCAUUUUUAACCAAUGUUCAGAUAAAAACCUUAAUUGUCAUAUCAAACUUUAGAGAUGAUUUAUAAAAUACUUCCAAAUUAAUAGGCGAUCAAUGAAAUCAAAUAAUACUUUGUUAUGCUUCUAGAGAACAUAGACAAAUAUCAACCAUUGAUUUUAAAGAAAUAUUUGAAAUCUUUAUACUAGUCUGUUUGUGAGAUCGUAAAUUAACUUACUAUUUUGACCUUAACAUUGAAUGAGCUAAUUAAGAAUAAUUAAGUCUUUCAUAAUAAUUUCAUCUCUUUCUUAAAAUUCUUGACGAAUGAACUUGCUGUAUUUUAGGAGUACUUAACAACCAAAAAGGAAGUUAUCGAUGACACCUUAUUAAUCAUAGGCACAGAAGCCACGUAUGAUGGGUGUGUGGUUACAACAGUUUAUUUAAAUACAUAUUAGAACUCCUCAAAAUGCAAGAUAGUGUUGAAGCCUUAACUCACCUUAUUAGAAUUUGAAAAGCAUGUAGAACAAGGCUUAUAAACAUCUGGACCUCUUUUGUACUUGGUGAUCAAUUAGAAUCAUCCUAAUAAAAUACCUUAUGAUGAUUUUUCAAUCAUAGAUGAAUUAUACUUCAGGAAAUUCAAAGAGCUUUCAGAUUAAUUUAUAGAAACCUAAUUUGGAAGCAUCAAGGUAUCUUAGGAAGUUAUAGCUGUUGAACUCUAUAGAUUAAAGAUGGAAGAUUAUUCUAUGAAAAAGAUAUAUGAGAUCUUGAACAAAGGAUCAUCCUACAUAUAAUUCAAAUAAAUUCAAGACAACCAGAUGUUGUGGUUUUUGGAGAAUAAUUCAGACACUAAAGACAAAGGAUAGUAAUUAUAAUAAAUAUUUCAAUUAACAAAAUUGCCCUACACUUAUAUUGAGAAUCUAUUCAAUUCCAUUAAUCAAUUUUUUGAUAAGAAUAAUAUUCAACAAUAAUAUCGACAAAUACUUCAAGAUGACUUUAAGGAUUACUUAAAAGAUAUGAAGAUUCCACAUUUGUUAGGUGUUAAAAUAGCCACAUUUUUAUCAAGGAAUGGACUGAAAAAUCCAGUUGACUUUCAAGAUUUUAUUUGUUUUGUUUCUUUAUUUUAUUAAUAGAGUUUUAGCGAAACCAUUAUAAUGAAGUUCACUUAUCUGUUGUAUGCUAACAAGGAUGGAAAAUUUGGUAAGGAUCAAUUGUGUGAAUAUUUGCAAACGAUAUUUGAUAUUCAAAAUUAAGUCAUUAAUGAAUAAUAAAUUAAUGAAUGGGGAUCAAAUUUAUUUUUGAAAAUUGAUUAAAACCAAGAUGGUUAUAUUUCAUUUUAUGAAUACCAUGCUCUGUUAAAAGAGGAGUAAUAUAGAGCUAAACUCUUGGAUCCAAUUUGUGCACUGUUUACAAAUUUACCAUUUCAAACUACAUCUAAUCGCUUCAUUUUUGGAACACCCAUAAAAUUAUUUAGAAGUUGA